AUGGCUAUGACAUUGAAAUCAAGGUCAUGGUUCUUCCAGCAACGUGAUGGUGAAGAUUGGGCACCAUUUUGCAAUCUAUGGAGCCAAACAAAUCUUCUUUGGAGGAAGAACUUUGAUUUGAUGAGGAAUGUUGGGUGUUUGGGAAAGGAGAGAAGUGAGAAGAAAAGGUUGUUUCUCAGGUGCUGUAGUAAUGGCAGCUGUGGAAAUGGGUGGAAUUCAAUGGCGGAAAAUGAGAAUUUUGUGAAGAUGAUGAGAGAAGCUGAGCCAUAUUUUCGGGCACAUAGAGGCAGCACAUUCGUCCUCGUAUUAUCUGCAGAAAUUGUUGACAGUCCUUUCUUGGGUUCCAUACUCGAG